CUUCUCUCAGCGUCCGUGCGUCAGGGCCAGCCGUGAAUACGCCUCUUCCGACCGCUUGUGGUGGAGUAGAACACGGCAGUUGCCCAGUUACAUCUAGAUUUGCCUUGCUAGAGAACUGACAGUAAAUUACAAACUGAGGCGGGUUGGCCGUUCGGGCCCCGACGGAAAACAGCACCUGUCUAAUCUGACCCAAAACCUGACCAGAGCCACGGGGAAAGCCGCUUGGACCCUCGCCAAACCCCACAACCGAAAGAAAGAAAGAAAAACCAAGCCUGGUUUGAUUACGCACCGAGAGGGGGAGCACGAUGAUAUUGUGACAGCCCAGAGUGUACUUUACCAACUCCCCAAUUCCAAGGGUUGGGAUCUAACGAGCCUCUUCCACUUUCGGGAACAUAACGUUAUAUUUAAAUAAUGUAGACGUUAGUCUCUUGAUGUUGAAGCUGAUUGUUUAAAGUUGUUUUCAAUGACACUCCUUGCCAAAUUGCGCUGAAGGCUGCUGUGUUUUGUUACUGGAAAUGUUCUCCCAAUACGAUAUUGGAACCGACAACAUGAACCACGCUUACAUUACAGGGAUUUCGCCGAUAGCAUAUGUACAGAGCUGUACAACUUCACAACGUGUAUUUAUGAAUUAAUCUUUUAAGAAAAGAAAAUCAACAUCAACAGAACGCAAACGGUUUGGUUGCGAACAACGAAGCGAAGCUGGGAUAAGAUCUGAGUUAUUACUGCUCGAACAGUGACUGUGCGACCACUUUCUUUGAUUCACGACAACAUCGCCAGAUUUUGAUGGAGCUGGAGAAUAUUGUGGCAAACACUGUACUGCUAAAGGCGAGAGAAGGCGGGGGAGGGAAACGGAAAGGACGGAGCAAGAAAUGGAGGGAGAUCCUACGCUUUCCUCACAUCAGCCAGUGUGUGGAGCUGGGCAACAGCAUCGAUAGAGACUACUUCAGCCUAUGCGAGAGACAGCCCAUCGGGAGACAGCUGUUCCGCCUCUUCUGUGAGACCAGGCCGAAGCUGCAGCGCUGCAUCCACCUGCUGGAUGCCAUGGAAGACUAUGAGGUGACGCCAGACGAGAAACGCAGGAGUCGCGGGGAGCAAAUCAUCCAGAAGUUUCUCACCGAACAGUCUGAAGAAUAUGUGCCUGAGGUAGCAGAGAGCCACAUCCAGGAGUGCAGACAGAACCUGGAGCAGAACCCGUCCAAGGAGCUCUUCAGCGACUGCCGAAAGGCCCUCCAUGAAUAUUUAAGUGGAACCCCCUUCUCCGACUAUCAGGACAGCAUGUAUUUUGACCGCUUUCUUCAGUGGAAAAUGUUGGAGAGGCAACCGAUAACAAAAGACACAUUUCGACAAUACCGUGUGUUGGGAAAGGGAGGAUUCGGGGAGGUGUGUGCAUGCCAGGUGCGGGCCACGGGGAAGAUGUACGCCUGCAAGAAGCUGGAGAAGAAGCGCAUCAAGAAGCGGAAGGGCGAGGCCAUGGCCCUCAACGAGAAGCAGAUCCUGGAGAAAGUCAACAGCAGAUUUGUCGUCAGUUUAGCGUAUGCCUAUGAGACCAAAGACGCCCUGUGUCUGGUGCUGACCAUCAUGAACGGAGGGGACCUCAAGUUUCACAUCUACAACAUGGGCACGCCCGGGUUCGAGAAAGAGAGGGUUCAGUUCUACGCAGCAGAAAUCUGUUGUGGCCUGGAACACCUGCACCAGGAGUCCAUUGUCUACAGGGAUCUAAAACCAGAGAAUAUUCUUUUAGAUGACAAUGGACACAUCAGGAUAUCAGACCUGGGUCUGGCCAUCAAAGUGCCUGAAGGGGAGCUCAUCCGUGGUCGAGUUGGCACAGUGGGGUACAUGGCCCCUGAGGUGAUAAACAAUGAGCGGUACGGCAUGAGCCCAGACUGGUGGGGCCUGGGCUGUCUGAUCUACGAGAUGACGGCCGGCCGCUCCCCGUUCCGGGCCCGCAAGGAGAGGGUGAAGAGGGAGGAGGUGGAGAAGAGGGUCCAGGAGGAGCAGGAGGAGUACAGCGACAAGUUCACCGAGGACACCAAAGCCAUCUGCCGGAUGCUGCUGACUAAAGAUCCAAAGCAGAGGCUGGGGUGCCAGUCGGACGGGGCAGCAGCGGUGAAGGCGCACCCCUUCUUCAAGAACACCAACUUCAAGAGGCUGGAAGCUGGCAUGCAGGAGCCCUCCUUUGUGCCUGAUCCCAGAGCUGUCUACUGCAAGGACGUUCUGGACAUUGAGCAGUUCUCCACUGUCAAGGGCGUCAACCUGGACCAAACUGACAAUGACUUCUACACCAAGUUCGCCACUGGCAGUGUGUCCAUUCCCUGGCAGAACGAGAUGAUUGAGACGGAGUGUUUCAAGGACCUGAACGUGUUCGGACCCCAGGGGUCCCGCUCUCCGGAUCUGGACUGGGCCCAGCCCCCGGAGCCCCCACGCCGCAGCCUGCUGGACAGGAUACUCAGGAGACAUCAUCCAGAGGUAUCCAUCGCUCACACACGGGUCUCUUCUUCCAGUGUGAAUUCUGUGGACUCUAUGUCGAACUCUGCCCCCUAGUGGAGAGAGCCUAUUUGUGAGGCAACAAGGAGAAAGGACAAUUCCACUAUGGGCUGGUCUCACAGAUCCAGAUUAGCAGCCGUUCUUGACCAUCAAAUGUAAACUCGCUGGUAGUCCAACACUAAUUGGGGUCUGUGAAUCCACAGGGAUGAGUAGGACUCUCUGAGAAAAAAGAAACUUAAAGAUAGAGAACAGUCACCUCAUAUACCCUCAGGAUUGCUGGACCAGAGAAGGGCCAUCGAUUAUAAAAACAAAUUCAGGGGAUUGCUAUUCAAAGAAAGACCACUGCAGGGAAUUCAAGUUGGUGUCUUUUUUUUUACAUUUUGAGAAAUAAAAUUAAAUAAAACAUACUCUCUCUCACACACACAC